AUGCCGAGUCCGCCGAGCUCCGUGAUCGUGCUGGACGACUCGAGCGACGAGGAGGCAACGGCGGAGGCCAGCGGCCGUCGCAGCGCCCCGCUGCUCGUCAGCUCGUCCGACGAGUCGGACACGGGCCAGCCCAGCCAGCCCAAGAAGGCGCGCGUGGCGUCUCCCAAGUUCACGUUUGCUGCGGAGCCCGCAGCGCGCAAGGGGCUGAGCUACCAGUCUGCAUCGAGCGAGGAGGAGCCUUCAGACACCCAGGAGGACGAGAGCGACGCCAGCGAGUCGUCUGCUCCGCGUGGCAAGCAGAAGAAGAAGAUGACGGCAUCGCAGAAGAAGAAGAAGAACUCGGCGGGUCAAUCCAGCGCUACGACGGACUCGGACGACUACACCCAAGAGGAGCAGACGCAGCUCAAGUUCGCGGGCAAUGACGGCCGGAUGUACUCAGACGCCAUGUCGUUCAGUGAGCUGCAGGCUCAGCAGCGGGAGUUCGAGAUACUGCAGGCGAUAGCGCAUCGCGCAAGCAAGUCGGCGCCUCAUAACACCGCGCGUCGAACUACUACUGCGGGUACCAAACGCAAGGCGAGUGAUGCGGUGGCGGCAACUCACAGCUCUCCGCAUUCGCGCAGCAAGAGCGUGGUGAUGAAGAAAACGGCGUCGCCGUCGCCGUUCGACUUCGAUUUUCCCGGUUCCGACGAGGAGUCUUCAUCUUCAUCGUCGUCGUCGUCAGUUCAGGAGGAUACUCGCGCUAAAUCCAUGUCUCUUAAAGAUGUGGUAGCUCAAGAGCGUGAACUAGCCCGGCUGCGUAAGGAGAAUGGUAAGAAAACCGGUCAGACAGCACCUCCCAAGAAGAAACCAGCAGCAAAGCAGCCACCAGCCGCGCCGAAGUCGUCGGUAUCUAAACCUGCAGCGUCGAAACCAGCAGCGCCAAAGCCGUCGUUUUCAUUUUUCGGACCCCAGAAAAGUGGCAACCUCAUCGACGCGACUAAAUGGUCUUCGUCAGAGCCGAGUGGUGACGAGGAAGAGGAAGCUGAGGAGUACAAGCCAAAAGCGUCUUCCCAGCGCACGUCAUCAGUGGACGAUUCAUUUUCCGAGUCUGAUGAUGAAAACAUCAGUGAUGACGAGUAUUAUGUGCCUAGCAAGACUAAAAGCCAUGACAAGUCCCCCGCUCAGCAUGCUUCACAGCACGCCAAGAGCGCUAAGGCGACUAAAGGCAAGAAGACCAAUGGAUCCAAGAAGAGCUCCAAGUCCAAGACCAAAGCAGGAAAGAGCAAAACUCGGCCGUCCUCGACAAAGUCAGAGGCGCAGGUCCCCCCUCCUGCUCAAGCUGGUGUUUUCUCGGACAAGCUGGCACGCCCGAGGACUGCGAAGGAUACGGUGAUGCACAGCACAGUUUGGCGAAAUGUUUGUUUCGAUACAGCACCGCCUAACCUGCUCCCGCUGGAUUCGAGUGUCGCGCUUCCGUUCCAGUCAGAGUCUGACCGGCCACUCCUGACCUAUGACGUGGACGGUGACUUGAGGAGCAAAUGCAAACUGUUACCGCGGUUUGGUAAUUCUGCGUCGGUGCUGGUAUCUGACGAGCCAGAACAAGUCGUUACCCAAGAAGACAUGGACACCCGUGUAACAGAACUCAUUCAGCGCGAACUGCCCAGAAUUCGAGCAUGCCACCAGCGCAAGACGACUGCGAUUCUUACGGAAGCGCGCUCAAAGGUUCGGACAUACUUGGCGGCGCAAGAGAUGCUUCGAGAGCAGUGGCAGCACGCACGACUGGAGAACAAGCGUCUGGCUGAAGUGGAUACACUGGAUCGAUCUCUGUUGAACCAGAUGAAGCAGGAAAGGCUGACACAGGUGCUAUCAGUCGGAUACGUUAACGUGUGGGGCGAAGCUGUAUCUGUCGAAGAAAAGCUCUUUCCGCAAGAUGUGAACCAGCUUCCAUGCAUUCGGCCACUGAGCAGAUGCACCGCCUACAUCGGCUUGAAAGAAAAUGUUCGCGUAGAGGACGACCCUAUUUUGCGCUACAUGCCGUAUUUUGGAGACAAUGAUGACGGCGGGGAUAUCGAUGUGGCAUGGUAUGAUGCUAUUGCGCCCAAAGAUUCGAAUCUUUCGACCGGCCUGGACGGUGAAGUGAAUGAAUACUUGCUGCGCCUUGUUGUCCGCGAAUGUGGCACUUCCGAGAAAGUGUUUACUGCGCUGAAAAAGGUGCCGGGCUUUGGUCAAGCUUACUCGGACUAUAGCGAGAUCAAGAAGUUGGAUGACUCUACACGGCUUGCUGCUCGGCGUAUUAAAGAGGCGAAAGAGUUGAUCUCAAGCAAGCCAGCAAGCUUCCCCCUGGCGAAGGUGGCGACUUUGGAACCGGCGCUAAGCGAUGUCAAGGAUGCUGAGAAGUCCUUGGAGGAAAGGUUUUCACCCCCACCGACCUACUUCGACUCGAAUCUGUCCAGAAGCCAUGCUAACCGUGGAUACGGUCUGGGUCUGCGAUCAACUGACGACUACACGGAGUUACUGGUGACGUAUCGUGAUAUGUUCUGCCGAAUGUGUUACGAUUAUCAUUGUCUUGAACAUGGCAUUCAACACCCGCUCCCCUCUCAUCGAGUUGACCCGACCAACCCACCAUUGCAUCUGUCAGCCGUUGCACUUGCAGCCCAAACAAAACGGGAGCAGCAGCAGGAGGAUGACGACAGAGAAGCAUCGGACCGGACACCUGAAAGCGCCACCUCCACAGCAAGUCCUCCGGUUGACACACCGGACAGCGGCAGUUGCACAGCUGACGAGAACUCUAAACACGAAGAGACUCGCAGCCACAGUGAGGAAGUGCAGGCGGAUGAAGAUGUAACUAUGGAGCACGGGUCCACCGAGGUUUACUACGAGACCGCCACGGAUGAGGAAGUAACGAUUACCGGAGAGCAGCAUGAAGCUCGCCGAUCUUCACGUGCAUUGACGAGAAUCAGCACUUUGGCUAGCCGAAGCCUGACGAAGCAAGCUGUGCGGCCCUCGAGAAGAAAGCAGUCUCGACCCCAACGCGUCCAAGUGUAUCCCCAGGUCGCUGACGAGUCUGAGUACCUUGAUGACUCUCACUACGCUCGGGUGACAUCCAUUGUCAAGAAGUCUCUCAAGGCUGAAGAGAAGUGCUCGAGCGAAUGCUGGAAGGAUGAAAGUACCAAGUGCGGUGCAGGAACGGAGAGUGUCCCCGAUGAGUUGAAGUGUGCAUCCGUGAGCGAUACCGAGCUCGUGCUACUUCGGAAGCUGCGGUUUAUCAUCGGUAACAAUCCGUGCAUCAUUUCCUCCAUGGUUAACUCGACAACGUGCAAGGAAGUCGGCGCAUUUCUGGAAUCAGAGAGGCAGAAGAAGCCGAAUCGCACGAGCUCAAUGGACGACAUGCCGCUUUCACCCGACGCGCGUUCUGGGAGCAAUGGCCGGAAGCGAGCUCGAACUUCACGCAGCAGCAACAACCGCAUCCUCCUCAACAGAACCAGGAACAACCGCUUGAAGGACAAGGGCGCGAACCACGAAUACGAACCGUGCAACCACGAAGGGGCAUGUGAUACGACUGGAUGCUCCUGUAUGACACGUGAUCAUACCUGCGACAAGGCGUGCUCGUGCUCGCGCGACUGCCCCAACCGGUUCCCAGGGUGCAGGUGCAGCCUCGGAAACUGCAGAACCAAAGCGUGUCCGUGUUUCGUCGCUGCACGCGAGUGCAACCCCGAUUUGUGCGUCACUUGCGGUGCGAGCGAGGUCGCGGCGCUGAUCUUUGAUGAGGAGCGCAAGAACAUGUCCGCAUUGGAGUUAGGUAUCUGUUGUAACGUGAAUAUCUUGCGUGGACUGCACAAGAAAAUUGGCGUCGCAUACUCUACGACUCACGGUUGGGGGGCCUUUGCCUUGGAGCCGAUCAAGCGCGGCGAGUUUAUCUACGAGUACCACGGGGCGCUUCUUUCCCAGGACGAAGCUGAACGUCGCGGCAGCAUUUACGAUAAAAUGACGAUCAGCUUUCUAUUCGACGUUGAUGACGACUCGGUGGUCGAUGCAAUUCGCAAAGGGAACAAAAGCAAGUUUGCGAAUCACUCUGCUGUGGCCAAGAAGUGCAAGGGCAAGGUUCUGACUGUGGGCGGCGAGCACCGCAUUUCAAUUUGGGCUCAGCAAGAUAUUGCCAAGGGGGAGGAGUUGUUUUUCGACUAUGGCUACCAUGGAGAAACAGCUCCAGAUUGGAGUCAGCUUCGCAUCAAGGGGUCUGCGCGCCACGGAACCAAGAAAAAGACGGAAGUGGAGGACAAGAAGAGCCAGCAUUAA